UCCGAUCAUCAACACUCACCUGCUGACUAGCAUCAGUUCACAACCUCUUGUUUAAAGCCGCUUGAAACACGAACACAAAGAAUGGAUUCUUGGCUCAACAUGGUGCUGAUGUGUGGACUUCUGUUAAUAGCAUCUCUUCAGACAACCAACUCGUUCAGAUUUAGACGGUCCGAGAAGAUCAAAUCACUUGAGACAAAUAUCCACCAUCUGCAAAACGAUUAUAACACACUUGGCACAGAAUGGGUAGCAAAGUCUGUUUUUGCUUCUCAUCUGGACCAGCUGAAUUCCAAGGCUUCCUGCACUUGUCAGGCGCUGUUCCUUGAAAGAAUGCUGAACAUCUAUGAAGAUAUGUUCAAAGACAUGAUGAACAAGUCUGAGAAGAAAGAAGUGAAAAACAAUCUAACAAAUGUAAUGAGUGAGGUGAAAAGGCUGAGACACAUGUACCUUUCAGAAAAUAAAGUAUGGAAAGAGCUUCAGAACAUUGACUUAGUCAAGGUGAAAAAUGGAACAAUCCAAGGAGGAGCAUUGAAUGACUUUCUUAUGGUGUUUAAUCGGGCCUCUACAGAAAAACACCAAUGAAAAGAUCUAAAAGUCCUGUCUUUCAUUCAGUAUACUUGUGCUUUGUUAUUGCAUUAGCCUAUUUAUUUAUAAAUUAUGUGGAAAUAAUUAUUUAUUUUUUACUUUAUAAUGUACUUUACUACACCAUCCAUAAAUUAAAAUCUAACUUAUUCUCAUUGCAAGUGUGUUUGCAUCAUUUACAGUGUACAGAAAUGGUGAAUCUAACUGGAUUUGCUUGAAAUAUUUUGUGA